AUGGCUACCGCGGAAGCCAUCAACGCCAUGACGGCAAAACUUCAGGAAUCUCUGCAGUGCUUCAUCGCGUCUCAGGAACUACAAACGAGCGCGGCAGUAGAACAACAACAACAGCCGGAGCCACAAUCAGCGCCAGCUAACAGCAGCAAGAAGCGGGCCAAGGGCAAGGCCAAGAGAGGAAAAAGAACACCUCUCCCACCACCCGAGUCCGCAGCCGCUAACGCGGCACCCCCUACUACACGCACCGAACGGACGAAAGUCCCGGCUGCGAGUGCAACAAGGAGCGACUCCCUGCCUGCCCCGAUUAGCCACGAGCACGCCAAGGCGAGCGCGGCUUCGGGAACGAACAGGGAAGAAAGCCAACAGCUGGAGAAGCAAGCCGUUAACGUGAUUGGCGGCUGGCUGAAGGAGAAGGCCAAGGAGGCGACUACGUCGGUUCCGCCACCCUCUCAGCCGGCCCCAGCCAUCGCGGCAGCUACCGCCACAAGCACCAACGCGGAGGAGGCCACGGCUCCCGCAAGCGACGGUGCUGAAGAACGCGCAGUCUGCCCGCCCUCCGAGACAGCCGAGGAAGAGCAGAUGGACUGCACAGCAACGCGGAAGCGAUCACGCGAGGCCAGCAGCGAAGACGGACCAGCAGGCCCGUCCAAGCAGGUCGUGACCGACGCUUCCCCACCUCUCACGCCCGUAAACACAACGGACGACACCAGCGUCGUGCUCGCCACCGCCUCGCAAGAGACCGCGGCGUGCACACUCGCAGCAGCUUCUCCAUCUCACCCGGAGCAGCGCAGAAAGCACCAGCGAAAGAGCAAGCAGGGGCAGCAGCCCCGCAACUCCACAGCUGCAACAGCAGAGGCCGCGACAGCACCGAGGCCUCCCUCCAUCGUGGUCGACCGCCCGCACCCGCGCCCGAGCUCCCCGCCUGCCGGUGACGACUUCAAGGUCGUCAUGUCCAAAGCAGCUAGUCGGAGAGCAAGGGCCAUGGAGACCGCGGCCAUCAACAUCGACGCGGCAGUCGUGGGGACCGUACUCUUUCGGCCCUCCACCCCCGGCGGCACCUUUCGGGGAACGCCACGCCUGACGCUCGCAGCGGGUCUCGCCGGGCGGCCCGGAGUUGCGGCGGUGCGCGUUAACCACCUGCGCAACGUUGUGGCCGCCGACGCGACCACGCCCGAGUGUCUGGCCGGGCUCCUGUCCAUCUCGGAGCUCCACGACAUCCCUGUCACCGCCAGGGAGCCUGCCGACCGUCGAUCGUGCCUCGGCUUCGUGUACGGUGUGGACGGUGACCUUGCUGACUCGGAGCUGAUCGGGGCCAUCGCUUCGUCUGCUCCAGUGACUGCUGCGACCAGGGAGGGCCGUUCAGUGAAGCUGCGCUUCGCGAGUGCUGUUCCCCCAGCGCAGAUCUCCAUCUACGGGCUGCAGCUACGUGUUCGCCACGUGAAGCCGCGCCCUAUGCAGUGCCGACAGUGCGGCCGCUUCGGCCACGUCGCUGCCGCUUGCCAGCGUGCUGGCGACUGCAUACGGUGCGGCCGUAAACACCCGCCUGCCGAGAGCUGCAAGCCCCACUGCAUCAACUGUGGCGGAGCCCAUGCAGCUGACACCCCCUCCUGCCCCCGCUGGCAGGAGGAACGUCGUGUGGCCACCCUGCUGGCCACUUCUACCACGCCGCUGUCGAGACGGGCAGUCAGGGCGGCGGUUCGCGAGGAGUCCCGCGAGGUGCGCUCCUACGCUGCCGCCUUGAAACGCUGCCCUCCUCGUAGCCCCUCCAAGGACCUCGGCCAGCAGCGCACUCCUACAGCGCCGCGCCGACCCCCGCAGCCAGCAGUGACUUCCGCCGCGGUGGACCACCUGCCUGCUGCCUCUCCUAUCACGCCUGCAGAGGAUCCCAGGGACGCAUUCAUCGCGAACCUGAUGGCAACUCUGCAGGCAGUGAUCCAGUACCUGCCUGAGGAACACCCGCUGCGAGCUACCUGCCUCCAGGCGAUCGGCGCGCAGCCAGGUGCCCCCAGGAGCGAGUAG